GGUUCCCAUUUUACCCCCCCCCCCCAAAAAAAAAAAAACAAGAACGCACUAGACAAGACGGCUACGUGCUCCAACGCGACCUCCACAUUAGACUGGAUGCUUACAUAUACAGGCUGGUAUUUAUUCAGAAAUUAUGUUUCGCUGAAGUGUCUUGGAUUGUUUUCGGCCUACGCGACCGCGAUCGGAUUAAUAGAGACGGAUAUGUGUCUAUUAUUGUGUAAUACACGUCGUUUUUCUUCGACAAAUAAUGGAUUACCCAGCAUCUGGUUUGAAGAAUGAAGAACCGUACGACGCUGUUAUAAUCAAAACGAUGCACGUGAUGUCUUGGAUCUCCAAAAGGCUCGAGGUAUGGUCAUAUAAAAGAGUCGACUGAUUGUUAAGGGCUGAUUUUGUACAUCAAACUGGGGGACAAGGACUGCUUAAUGUCGGAUUACAAAGCCCAGCUUGGGUUGUGCUUGCACAGAUGGCGAACACAAGUGAUCCAGGGGGAAGCAUCCCCUCACUCCAGAAUUAUGCCAUCACUGCGUCUGCGGUCAAACUGGCGUCUUUGGGUCUCAUCACCUGCAUCAGCCUGCUCGGGAAUACCGUGCUCUCCGUGUUGGUGCUGAAAGACAGCUCUCUCCACAAGGCUCCAUAUUACUUCCUCCUCGACCUGUGCGUGGCAGACAUCAUCCGCUCGGCCGUGUGCUUCCCGUUCGUGAUGAUCUCCAUCAACAGCGGCUCCGUAUGGAGCUACAGCAUCAUCAGCUGCAAGAUCAUCGCGUUCGUGGCCGUCUUGUUCUGCUUCCACAUCGCGUUUCUCCUUUUCUGCGUCAGCGUAACGCGAUACAUGGCCAUCGCGCACCACCGGUUCUACUCCAAACGCAUGACGCUAUGGACAUGCGUCGCGGUGAUAUGUAUGGUGUGGACGCUCUCGGUCGCCAUGGCAUUUCCCCCAGUCUUCGAUGUCGGGACCUACAAAUUUAUCCGCGAUGAAGAGCAGUGCAUAUUCGAGCACAGAUACGUGAAAGCUAACGACACUCUGGGCUUCAUGCUCAUGCUGGCCGUGAUUGUGGCCACGACGCACGUCGUGUAUGUCAAAAUGCUGUGUUUUGUUUACGACCACCGUAAAAUGAAACCCGUGCAACUGGUUCCGGCUAUCAGCCAGAACUGGACCUUCCACGGACCGGGCGCGACGGGCCAGGCCGCUGCCAACUGGAUCGCGGGGUUUGGACGCGGUCCGACGCCGCCGACGUUAGUGGGCAUCAGGCAGGCGUCACACAACGCCAACCGGAGGCUGCUCGUGCUGGACGAGUUCAAGAUGGAGAAACGGAUAGGAAAGAUGUACUACAUGAUCACGCUGGCGUUUCUGCUGCUCUGGACGCCCUAUAUUGUCUCGUGCUACAUCCGGGUGUUUGUGAAGGGAAACGCGCUUCCUCAGGUGUACCAGACCGCGGCCGUGUGGUUGACGUUCGCCCAGGCGGGGGCGAAUCCCAUCAUAUGUUUCAUAUUCAAUAAGGAGCUGAGAAUGAGGUUCAGAGCAUGUUUGCCGUGUUGCCUGACUACUCAAACACCCAUGGAGCCAUACUGCGUGAUUUGAAGUGUUUUUCUCACUUAUUUUCAUUGGCUCUGUCUGCUUGUCAAACAUACAGUGGCUCCAAAAUGUACAGAAGAGACCUAUGAGUGUUCAAACCUGUGUUUUCUUUUUACAUUCCUAUAUUUGUCUGCUUCAAAUUAAAGCUGUUUAUGAUUCUAAUACUUCUUCACAAAAAGUGCUGCUUUAACAAGCCACCCUAUAACGUUCAUUGAAAACAAGGACUCACUCACUUACACGCGCACACAUACAUAAAACAUAGACAACUGUUCCAUCAAAAUUCUUUUGCCUUAUAAAUCUUUUAUAUUUUAAGUUUAGGUUAAGUUAAGGUUUAUGAGGCAAAGGUUUAUGAAGAUCCACAUCCAUAUUUAUGCAAUCCACAUAUCGAUGUAAAUAAUGUAAAAAUAUGAUUUAUUUAUAUUCUGGAAUUCUUUAUAACUGAUAUGUAAUAUAUUUGCUAUGACUUUUUGUGUGAACAAAAUGGCCAAUGUCUUUUUACUAUCACAUGGACUAAAUGUGAAUAAACCAAGUCCCUCUCACAGUCCCUUUAAAUUGCUAUUGGAAAUUUGUUUUCAGUGGACACAAGCAGAUUUGAUGGGUCAGUGUUGAGGAGACUGAUUUAUAUUUUAAUUAAAAUAAAUGAUUAUAAAUGCA